AUGGGCUUCCUGCUGCACCUUCUCCUGGCCUCCUUCUUCCCAUCAGGCCAGACCUCCUGGGGUGUCUCCAGCCCCCAGGGCGUGCAAGGAGUGAAGGGGUCUUGCGUGCUCAUCCCCUGCAUCUUCACCUUCCCUGCCGACGUGCAGGUGCCCGGUGGCAUCACCGCCAUCUGGUACUAUGACUACGCGGGCAAGCGGCAGGUGGUGAGCCACUCAGCAGACCCCCGCCUGGUGGAGGCGCGCUUCCGGGGCCGCGCCCAGCUGAUAGGGCAGGUGGAGCACAAGGUGUGUAACCUGCUGCUGAAGGACCUGCAGCCUGAGGACUCGGGCUCCUAUAACUUCCGCUUCGAGAUCAGUGAGGUCAACCGCUGGUCAGAUAUCAGAGGCACCUUGGUCACUGUGACAGAGUGGCCCAGAACACCCACCAUUGCCUCCCCGGCAGAGCUGCGCGAGGGCAUGGAGGUGGACUUCAACUGCUCCACACCCUACGCCUGCCUGCGGGAGGAGGUCAGGCUUCAGUGGCUAGGCCAGGACCCAGCUCGCUAUGUCACCUCCAGCCACCAGAAGCUUGAGCCCACUGGCAUCACCCACCUGGAGACCCUCCACACAGCCCUGUCCUGGCAGGACCAUGGCCGGACCCUGCGCUGCCAGCUCUUGGUGGCCGACCAAAGUGUUCAGGGCGAGAUUCACCUCCAAGUGCACUAUGCCCCCAGGGGCGUGGAGGUCCUCCUCAGCCCCUCAGGGCGGAACAUCCUCCCAGGUGAUCUGGUUACACUCACCUGCCAAGUGAACAGCAGCUACCCUGCGGUCAGUUCUGUUAAGUGGCUCAAGGAUGGGGUGCCCCUGGAAGCUGAGAGUCGUGUGCUACAGUUGUCCCAGGCAGCCUGGAGCGAUGCCGGCAUCUAUACCUGUGAAGCUGGGAAUGGUGUUGGUUCUUCAGUCUCGCCCCCCUUCAGCCUCCACAUUUUCAUGGCUAAGGUCCAGGUGAGCCCAGCAGGCCCCAUCCUGGAGAACCAGACGGUGACGCUGGCCUGCAGUACCCCCAAAGAAGCACCCAGCAAGCUGGGCUACAGCUGGUACAAGAACCACAUCCUGCUGGAGGACGCCCACUCCCCUACCCUCCAGCUGCGCUCAGUCACCAGGGCCGAUACCGGCUUCUACUUCUGUGAGGUGCAGAAUGCCCAGGGCAGUGAACGCUCUGGCCCCGUCAGCGUGGUGGUCAGUCACCCACCCCUUGCCCCGGACCUGACCGCCUUCCUGGAGACGCAGGCCGGGCUCAUGGGCAUCCUCCACUGCUCCGUGGUCAGUGAGCCCCUGGCCGCACUGGUGUUGUCACACGGGGGCCUUACCGUGGCCUCCACCUCUGGAGAGAGUAAUUACAGCUCACGCUUCAGUGUCUCCUCUGCUCCCAACUCCCUGAGCCUGGAGAUCCGAGACCUGGAACCAGCCGACAGUGGGGAGUACAAGUGCUCGGCCACCAACUCCCUUGGAAAUGCGACCUCCACCCUGGACUUCCAUGCCAAUGCAGCCCGCCUCCUCAUCAGCCCGGCAGCAGAGGUGGUGGAAGGGCAGGCAGUGACUCUGAGCUGCAGGAGUGGCCUGACCCCAAUGUCUGACGCCCGUUUUUCCUGGUACCUGAAUGGAGCCCUGCUUCUCGAGGGGCCCAGCAGCAGCCUCCUGCUCCCCGCAGCCUCCAGCACUGAUGCCGGCUCAUACCACUGUCGGGCCUGGGACAGCCACAGCACCAGCGGCCCCUCCUUGCCCACCAUCCUCACUGUGCUCUAUGCCCCACGCCAGCCCACGCUCACUGCCCGGCUGGACCUUGAUGCUGCUGGAGCCGGGGCUGGACGGCGAGGCCUCCUCUUAUGCCAUGUAGAAAGUGACCCUCCAGCCCAGCUACGGCUGCUCCACAAGGACCACGUUGUGGCCACUUCCCUGCCAUUGGGGGGUGGCUACGGCACCUGUGGGGGCUGUUGCCAGCGCAUGAAGGUCACCAAAGCCCCCAACUUGCUGCGUGUGGAGAUUCGUGACCCAGUGCUGGAGGACGAGGGCGUGUACCUGUGUGAGGCCAGCAAUGACCUGGGCAAUGCCUCUGCCUUGGCCACCUUCAAUGCCCAGGCCACUGUCCUGGUCAUCACACCAUCGGAUACGCUACGGGAGGGCACCGAGGCUAACCUGACUUGCAACGUGAGCCGGGAGGUUGCUGACAGCCCUGCCAACUUCUCCUGGUUCCGGAAUGGGGCACUGUGGGCCCAGGGCCCCCUGGAGACAGUGACGCUGCUGCCUGUGGCCAGAACCGAUGCCGCCCUCUAUGCCUGCCGCAUCCUCACAGAGGCUGGCGCCCAGCUGUCUGCUCCUGUGGUCCUGAGUGUACUCUAUCCCCCAGAUCCUCCAAAGCUGUCGGCCCUCCUGGACAUGGGUCAAGGCCACAUGGCUGUGUUCAUCUGCACUGUGGACAGUCGCCCCCUAGCGCAGCUGGCCCUGUUCCAUGAGAAGCGCCUCCUGGCCACCAGCCUGGGGCCUCAGCUCCCAUCCCACAGCCGGCUCCAGGCCAAGGCCACAGCCAACUUCCUGCAGCUAGAGAUCCGAGAAUUGGCCCUUGGGGACUCCGGCAGCUACCGCUGUGAAGCCACAAACGUUCUUGGGUCAGCCAACACUUCACUCUUCUUUCAGGUCCGAGGAGCCUGGGUCCAGGUGUCACCCUCACCCGAGCUCCGGGAGGGUCAGGCCGUGGUCCUGAGCUGCCAGGUACCCACAGGCGUCCCUGAGGGGACCUCUUACAGCUGGUAUCGGGAUGGCCGGCCCCUCCGGGACUCAACCUCAGCCACGCUCCACUUUGCAGCCAUAACUCCAACACUGGCUGGGGCCUACCAUUGUCAAGCUCAGGCCCCAGGCUCGGCCACCACAAGCCUGGCCACCCCCGUCAGCCUCCAUGUGUCCUAUGCUCCACGCCAGGCCACACUCACCACCAUGAUGGACACAGGACCUGGGCGACUGGCCCUCUUCCUGUGCCGUGUGGACAGUGAUCCUCCAGCCCAGCUGCGGCUGCUCCACCAGGACCGCCUUGUGGCCUCUUCCCUAGGAGAUGUGGGGGAAACGGGAGGCAGCUCCCCCCGGCUACAGGUGGCUUUGGCCCCCAACACACUGCGCCUGGAGAUCCACGACACAGUGCUGGAAGAUGAGGGCGUCUACACCUGCGAGGCCACCAAUAUCCUGGGCCGGGCCUCGGCCUCGGCCGACUUCGAUGCCCAGGCUGUGAGCGUGCAGGUGUGGCCCAAAGCCACAGUGCAGGAGGGGCAGCUGGUGAACCUGACCUGCCUUGCCUGGACCACCCGCCUGGCCCAGCUCACCUACACGUGGUACCAGGAUGGGCAGCAGCGCCCAGGUGCCCGGGCCAUCUCCCUACCCACUGUCACAGUUUCGGAUGCCGCUUCCUACCGCUGUGGCGUGGGGCCCCCUGGCCAGGCGCCUCGCCUCUCCAGACCCGUUACCCUGGACGUCCUCUAUGCACCCCGCAGCCUGCACCUGACCUCCCUCCUGGAGAGCCGUGGUAGGCAGCUGGCCCUGGUGCUGUGCACUGUGGACAGCCGCCCACCAGCCCAGCUGGCCCUUAGCCGUGCUGGCCUCCUCCUGGCCUCCUCAACGGCAGACUCUGUCCCCAACACCCUGCGCCUGGAGCUGUGGGAGCCACGGCCUAGUGACGAGGGUCUCUACAGCUGCUCCGCCCACAGCCCUCUGGGCCAGGCCAACGCAUCCCUGGAGCUGCGGCUGGAGGGUGUGCAGGUGACCCUGGCUCCAUCGGCUACUGUGGCUGAGGGGGCCCCUGUCACAGUGACCUGUGAGGACCCUGCUGCCCGCCCACCUGCUCUCUAUACCUGGUACCACAACAGUCGUUGGCUGCAGGAGGGGACGGCUGCCUCACUCUCCUUCCCAGUGGUCACACGGGCUCACGUGGGCGCCUACUCCUGCCAGGUCCAGGACACCCAGGGCACACGCAGCUCCCGGCCUGCUGCCCUGCGAGUCCUCUAUGCCCCUCAGGACGUUGUCCUGUCCUCCUUCUGGGACUCUAGGACCAGGCCCAUGGCUGUGGUACAGUGCACUGUGGACAGCGAACCACCUGCUGUGCUGGCCCUGUCCCGAGAUGGCAAGGUGCUGGCCACCAGCCACGGGGUCCAGAACUCGGCACUGGGGAUGAGCCAUGUCCAGGUGACCCGCAAUGCUCUGCGGCUGCAGGUACAAGAUGUGCCUGCAGGUGAUGACAGCACCUACGUUUGCACAGCCCGCAACUUGCUGGGCUCAGUUAGCACCACCAGGCUGCUGCAGGUGGAAGGUGUGCAUGUGGUGGCCGAGCCAGGCCUGGACGUGCCUGAAGGCACAGCGCUGAACCUGAGCUGCCGCCUCCGUGGCGGCCCCGGGGCUGUGGGCAACUCCACCUUUGUAUGGUUCUGGAACGGCCGUCGACUACCAGUGGAGCCUGUGCCCAUUCUUGCCUUCACCCAUGUGGCCCGUGCCCAAGCUGGGCUGUACCAUUGCCAGGCUGAGCUCCCUGCCGGCGCUGCCACCUCCACUCCAGUUAUGCUCCAUGUGCUGUACCCUCCCAAGAUGCCCACCAUGAUGGUCUUUGUGGAGCCCGAGGGUGGCCUCCAGGGCAUCCUGGACUGCCAAGUGGACAGUGAGCCCCUGGCCAACCUGACCCUCCACCUCGGCAGCCGACUGGUGGCCUCCAGUCAGCCCUGGAGUGCUCCUGCUGAUCCACACAUCCAUGUCUCGGCCUCCCCCAAUGCCCUGAGGGUGGACAUCAAGGAGCUGAGGCCCAGUGAUCAAGGGGAAUACAUGUGCUCUGCCUCCAACGCCCUGGGCUCUGCCUCUGCCUCCACCUACUUUGGGGUCAGAGCCCUGCACCGGCUGCAUCUGUUCCAGCAGCUUCUCUGGAUCCUGGGACUGCUGGUGGGCCUCCUGUUCCUGCUGUUGGGCCUGGGAGCCUGCCACACCUGGAGAACAAGGCAUUUCCAUAAGCUGGGAAUUGGCGAGAACUCGGUGGAGAUGGUCAUUCAGAAAGAGACCACAAAGCUCAUUGAUCCUGACGCAGCCAUGUGUGGGACCUCGUCCUGUGCUCCACCCCUGAGUUGA